AUGGCGAGAUAUCGCAACAGUAACGCCAUCAUCCGUUCAGAUGUGCCGCACGCUUCGUCGAGCUCUGCGCCGCGUCCGACCGCUUCCUCGACUGGCGGCAAAGGAAAGACCUCGUUCCACGGCGGAGUUGGAUCCAAGGGACUCGGCGUCACUCCACACAAGCGGCACCGCAAGAUCUUACGCGACAAUAUUCAAGGCGUCACAAAAGGCGACAUCCGUCGAAUGGCCCGCCGUGGUGGAAUCAAGCGUAUUGCAGGCGGGAUCUACGAGGAGACUCGUCUCGUCUUGAGAAAGCGUCUGGAAGUUCUUCUCAAGGAUAUCGCCGCGGUCGUCGAGCUCUCAGGACGGAAGACGGUCUGCGUCACAGAUGUGGUGUUCGUACUCAACCGCGUAGGAAACCCGAUCUACGUAAGUUUGAUGCUCCGCACAUCUUCUUUAGUAUCGUGCUGA